AUGAGCCCAACCUGCACCCUACCAUUCUCAGAUCGUCUGAGCCCUGGCAAAGCCGAAACCCUCUUUCAUGGCACACCAAUACUUCUCCGCGGAUCCCGCAUCUUCGCCGGUAAUGUCUUCGAUAAUAGCAACAUCUAUGGCUCCCAACAAAACAACAACGGCAGCAGCAGCAUCACGGCCGAACAUGUCGUCAUCGGCUACCUGUACACCCUCAUAUGCCACCUGCCCGACCUGCUGAACCCCCGGCCGCGAGCUCCCCGCGCUCUAACACACGGCUCACCGCAUCAUCCGGAUCCGGGACCUCGUCAGAGCUGUAGGCCAGCUCCAGGACCGGGUGGGGACCCGGUCGCCGGCUACAUAGAAGGUCGGCUGGGCGUAGGAGGGGGAGUUGAUCGCGAUGAUGUGAUGAUCGGACUGCAUGGGGCAUAUGUGCGGUCCACUAGAGGGGAGGAUUCAGCUGAUGUAUUCGGGGCUUUUGCUACCCAUUGCGUGGCACGAGCUGGUAGCAGUAGUGGAUGGACCAAAUAA